CCACCAACCUCCUCCAUUGUAUGCUCCCUUCAGCUUCGCUUUCUCACGGAGCGUCAACAUCAUUCUUCCUUUGUCUCUCGAGUUUCUAAAUAUAAGCCAAAUCUCCGCCACUACAGUCCGCCAUCAGCGACCAUUCCUCUCUCUGCCUACCUACGGCAUUCACAUCCUUUCUAGGGGACCUCGUAUUCCCCCACCUUCGACUCAGACGUCAGACAUCACAGCUCAGAUCGCUGUCAGUCAUGUACAAUUCAACCAUCACCUUCACUCUGGAUACCAUCUGUCCCUGGACCUAUCUGGCAAAACGCAGGUUCGUUGAAGCUCUCCGUCAAGUGCGUGAAAGCGACGCCUCGUCCAAAGUGACCUUCACCGUCAAAUACCUCCCCUACCAGCUCUACCCCUCCGCCAGUCAGGCCGGCGAAUCUAAAUAUGAGUGGUACAAGCGCACCCGUUAUGGCGACUCGGAGGAGAGGAUGAAGAUGUACACCACGCUUAUGACCGCCUACGGCGUCUCCGCCGGCAUCAACUACAAGUUCGGCGGCAGCGUCGCUAACUCGCUUCCUGCGCACCGCAUCAUCCAAUACUUCCAGGAGACCCGGGGUCCCGAGACGGCAGAUGCUCUCAUCAACAGUCUCUACCGGCAGUACUUCGAAGAAGAGCAACACCCCUCGGCGGACACCACUCUAGUACAAGCUUGCACCGAUGCGGGCAUCUCCGAAGAAGAAGCGAAGAAAGUGGUCGCGGACUCCUCCGAAUACUUGCCGGAAACCAAGCAGCUCAUCCAAGAGCAAGCUAGCAAUGGCGUAGACUCGGUCCCGUACAUCGUUUUGGAGGGCCGGCGAAGAGACGUCACGCUUCAGGGCGCGAAGGAGGUCGAGCAGUAUGUUAAGGCCUUGCUACAGAUCGUGAAGGAGAGUGGGUAGGUUUUUGUAUCCUUGUUCUUCUCUUCGGUUUUUAUUUUUAGUAUAUUGUACUGUAAUGCGAUAUCCCAUGUCCCCUCGCUUCCCCUUUUCUAUCAUCACGUGAUACAGGGCCCGUGUUACACGACGGGAGGAAACAGGAGUUCUGUUGCACAUCGAAUCAGCGCUUGUCAUGGGCGGGCUAAACGUUGGUUUUGAUGGCGUUAUGAUUAGCAUCAUGUGACAUUGGGCCCGUGAUAUGGGAGUUUUGUUGCACAUCGCAUCCAUCCGGCUCGUCAAAGUUGGCUUCAACAGCGGUGGGAUUAGCAUCACGUGAUAUACCCGAAACUACCCCCUCUUCCCCCCAACUUCCUCCUUCCAAAAACCCACUCCCA